AUGCAGCCUUGGGUCUUCCAGCGCUUCCAUCUGGCCCAUGAUGCAGCAUUCCCUGACGAACAUCCGAUUUACGAUAUCCCACCAGAACCAACGGCCCAUGUCAUUCCCCCAGGUGAACGUCCUACGUAUUUCCCACCAGAAUAUGGCCCGCACCAUCCUCCCAGUGAAGCAGAACAUGGCAACUACCCACCACCCAGUGAAGAACAUGGCAACUACCCACCACCCAGUCAAGAAUAUGGCCCGCACCAUCCUCCUAGUGAAGAACAUGGCAACUACCCACCACCCAGUGAAGAAUAUGGCCCGCACCAUCCUCCUAGUGAAGCAGAACAUGGGAACUACCCACCACCCAGUGAAGAAUAUGGCCCGCACCAUCCUCCCAGUGAAGAAUAUGGCCCGCACCAUCCUCCUAGUGAAGCAGAACAUGGCAACUACCCACCACCCAGUGAAGCACCACCCCAUGAGCAUUUUCCACCAGGUCAUGAACCAGCAGACCAUGGCAGAUACCAACCACCCAGUGAAGCACCACCCCAUGAGCAUUUUGCACCAGCUCAUGCACCAGCAGACCAUGGCAGAUACCAACCACCCAGUGAAGCACCACCCCAUGAGCAUUUUCCACUAGCUCAUGAACCAGCGGGAUCCUAUGAGCUUUUUCCACCACCUCACAAGCCAGCAGACCAUGGCAGAUACCAACCACCCAGUGAAGCGGGACCCUAUGAUCAUUUUCCAGCAGCUCAUGAGCCAGACCAUGGCAGAUACCAACCACCCAGUGAAGCGGGUCCCUAUGAUCAUUUUCCACCAGCUCAUGAGCCAGCAGACCAUGGCAGAUACCAACCACCCAGUGAAGCACCACCCCAUGAGCAUUUUCCACCAGCUCAAGAACCAGCAGACCAUGGCAGAUACCAACCACCCAGUGAAGCGGGACCCUAUGAUCAUUUUCCAUCGGCUCAUAAACCAGGUAAGAUCUGGUCUGGCCCAGAGUUGGUUAUUCACCCCUCAAGCUCCAUCCAUAUACAUUUGUUGGUUUUCCUCCAGUGUUUCAAUGUUUACUAUGAAAAGAAAAUCCAGUUAUCCUUUUGAGUACAACAUCAUUUUGAACUUAAGUACCUGUGUCCAAAUUUAAAAUUACAUGGCCUUGGUUGAAUGUCUCCUCACCGAGAACUGUCCUUGUCAACAAUAUCUUUGGGGAGCAGUGAUGGCUGAGCAGGAACUAGGGGCUGAAGUGAGGCUGGUUCCCUCUGGUGACCAGAUCCCUUCUCGUGGAUCAGAUUGUUGUCUGGUGCAGUGACUGCUCGCCAGUGGACAUCACUGCAGAUGUGGGGAAGGUUGGAUCAUUGGCUCAGGUGUCUGGGAUGUCUCUAGAUAAUGCUCCAAGUAUUGGUCGUCGUAUAAGGGAUGACAGGCUCUCCUCAUUGAACAUACUGAUUAAAUCUGUAUCUUCCAUCUAUUGUUUAAAUACAUCAGUAUCAUC